AUGUCUAAUGUUCAUGAUUAUGUCCCCUCUGCAACUGAAAAGGCAGAGAAGGAGACUCCUACCCCUGACAAUGCAUCGUACCAUGUUGUUCACCAAAACGGGACUGUCCAUGAACUCGGCAACAUCGUGGACCCUGUUCUAAGUGCCAAGACACUUCUGGUAAACGAGGCCAUCAAUGAGAUCGGUUGGACAAACUUCCACUUGAAGCUAUCUUGCCUCGCCGGCUUUGGUUACGCCGCCGACUCCCUCGUCGUCUUCCUCCAGAGCGUCGCAGCCUCUCAAGCAUAUCUCGAAAUCGGAAACGGCGGCUAUCCUACUGGCUAUGCCAUGGCUCUCUACGCUGGCCUUUUGGUUGGUGCUUUGUUCUGGGGCUUUGGUGCUGAUGUUAUCGGCCGCAAGAUCGCCUUCAACGUAACACUCUUCAUCGCAGCCAUCGCCACGAUCGCAGCAGGAGCAGGUCCCAACUGGAUUGGCUUCUGUAUCUUGGUAGCUAUACUUGGCUUCGGCGCUGGUGGUAACCUUGUCCUUGACCCUACUGUCAUGCUCGAGUUUGUUCCGGCCAGGCAACAAUGGGUUAUCACAGCCAUGGCUGCGUGGUGGGGUAUUGGUCAAGCCAGUGCUGGCUUUAUCGCCUGGGGCUUUUACUCUCGACCUGAGUGGUCAUGCACUAGCGAGACCGAAUCAUGUACAUGGCAGGGCAACAAGGCCUGGAGACUCAUCAUGUUCACAGGAGGUGCUCUAAUGUUUCUCAUGUCCGCCCUUCGAAUUCUCAUCAUCCAAUUGCCUGAAACGCCAAAGUUCUUGGUCGCCUCUGGUAAGGAAGAAGAACUUGUGGCAAUGCUCCAGAAGCUUGCCAGCAAGUACCGUCGACCCUGUUCCCUCACCGUCGAGGCUCUUAGAGCGUGCGGUACCACCAAUGCUUCUGAGCAAAGCGGGCGCCCUGAUUCUCUCAAGGGUCUUGGUAAGAUCCUAUUUGGACACAUCCGAGGUCUCUUCUCAAACAAAAAACUUGCAAUCUCUACGACCCUUAUCUGGUUUUCUUGGACGUUGAUCGGUCUGGGAUAUCCUCUCUUCUUUCUCUAUCUCCCAUCCCUUAUUAGAAGUCGUCUUCCCGACUACGUGCCCUCUUUCACCCAAACAUGGCGUGACUACACCAUCACCAACAUCUGCGCCAUCUUCGGUCCUCUUAUUGCAGCCGGUCUGACUGAAAUCAAGUUCCUCGGCCGUCGAUACACCAUGGUUCUUGGUGCUAUCGUCACGGCUAUCUUCUUCUUCUGUUACACCAUCAUCAAGACACCAGCUCAGAACCUUGCCAUCAGCAGCUGCAUCUCGGUCUGCAUUAACCUUUACUACGGUACACUAUACGCUUAUACUGUCGAAGUGUUCCCUUCUGCGCAUCGCUCCACCGGAAAUGGUGUCGCAGUCGCGCUGAACCGUAUCAUGGGUCUGUUAUCCGCUGUGAUCUCUGUCACUGCUGAUACUACUACUGUUACACCCUUGUACAUAUCGGCCGGCCUGUUCAUUGUCUUGGCUAUAGUUGCUUUUAUUCUUCCUUUCGAGCCUUAUGGUCACAACGCGUCUUGA